AUGGUCGACAUGACAAUACGCCUCGAUGGCCUAACCAGCAGCAGUCCUGCCGGACUUGGAAUAUCGCUCCAACGCGAAGAGUCUUCGAUCGUUGGAGCUACGUCCGGAGUCGGAGAUACAUCAAAUAAGAUCCUCGACAUCAUAUAUGAGCAUGCUCUCAACAAGUUCGAUGAUUCAAGAGAGCGUCUCGCUGCAGGAACGGCAAAAUUCUUGUCCGUAAUCGACCGAUUCGUCCUGGCAGGCGAACGCGUUGAAGCAUGUUUGCCGGCCUUUCCCUUCAAGUCGGCCAACAAGGUUUACAAGGUGCUUGGGUCUCUUCCAGAUAAAGCGGAAGAGCUAGCGCUUCAACGCUUAAACUUCAUGUGCGCAAGGAUCAAGGAUGUCUACAAACCUGGAGCAAGAAUCACUAUCAUAUCAGAUGGCAUCACCUACAACGAUUUGCUAUCCAUAUCUGAUCGGGAAACAUGGAGCUAUGGCGAGGCUUUGCGGCAGAUGGCGGCGGAUAAGAAGUUCACGUACAUCGCGUUUUCCCGCUUGAAGGACAUACUUGACUUUCCGGAGCUACCGGAAAAGUUGCGAGAAAUCACUUAUGUGGCUAACUGCACGAACUUCAGACGACUGCUUUUGAACGAAUACGGAAGACCUGACAUCGACAUUGACAAGGAGAUCAGAGACAAUGCAGACACAAAGCUCACUUAUCUCGGCUACCGCAAGUUUCUUGAGUCUGACCUGAAGCACAUUUUCGCGCUAGGAGAGAACCGCGGCAGCAACCAAUAUAAGAGGGACGUCAAGUACCUUGCUAAGCAGAUGCUGUUCAGAGGAUACGCAUAUGCUGGAGCAGUCAAAGCAGCGUUCCCAAACCACCUUAGAUUAUCGAUACACGAAUCCAUUGGCGAUCACAAGAUAUCGAUAAGUUUGUUGGACACGAAGACCGGCUAUACAACACCAUGGCAUUGCAGCGUAGCCUUACUGGCUGACGGAAAUUGGGUAAGCGCACCUGCGGGUGAGUUCCAAAAAGACUCACGACUCGAACUUGUUCACGAGAACGGGCGACCUAGCUACUUCAAAGAGAAGAAUCUGCAUGGAACGGAUAUGCCGUGGAUCAACGAGGCAAAUUCCAGCUACCUGCAGGCUCGAACUCCCUUUCACGGCACACGAAGUGGAUACUCGUCGCCGAGCACAACGUCGAUGGUCAGUGGUGUGUCGACUCCACCCACGUCCUUCGAACACACACCGCCACGUUCCUCACCGAGCAUGAAACUUCCGGAGACGCCUUACAUCAACGGUGCAGGGAUCGAGCCGGCCUAUGGCCGUCGUCUCAUACCUCAGAUCAUGGACCAGCUUGCUACAACUCAUCCUGCACGAACCGUUUUCUCAAUCGCCAAACCUUCGGGCGCAGGUCUGGAUCUCAGAGACAUAUCGGCACACGCCUUCGCAAAAGCCGUAAACAAGACAGCGUGGUGGCUCCAUGAUCAGGUCGGCAAGUCAUUGUCUAUCCGACCAGUCGGUUACAUCGGACCUCACGACCUCCGGCAUGUUCUCAUCACAUAUGCUUGCGUAAAGCUCGGUUAUGCCGCGCUUUAUCUUUCGCCCAAGAACAGCACCGAAGGCGCUCUAGCCGUACUCGAAGCAACCAAGUGCGAUAUAUGGGCCAAGGCAAGCGAGGUUGCCACAGCGCCUCUCGUGAAGGAUGUCUUGCAAAAGCGUCCGAUGAAGUUAUUGGAGUUGCCAUUGCUUGACGAACUCCUGGAUACGGAGGACGUCAAACCAUUUCCGUACACCAAAACGUUCGAUGCAGCUACUACAGAUCCUUUCUGCUACCUCCACACAUCCGGUUCGACGGGCGUACCGAAACCAAUCCCAUGGUCCCACGGGCUGAUUGGGACGAUGGAUGCGAUUCGCCUACUUCCACCUGUCGACGGCGAUGAUGGACUGGUACCCUGGACGUCGAACUGGAAAGAAGGCGACCGGAUCUACUCUUCCUUUCCCAUGUGUCACGGUGCUGGCAUCAUCAUGGAUAUCCUCAUGCCAGCUCUCUUCGGUUUGCACUGUGUAUUGGGACCAGCGAAUGUAAUCCCCAACAUGUCACUUAUCGAAAACCUUGCCGAACACGCCAGAAUAGACAUCUGGAGCAUGGUGCCGUCGCUUGUCGACGAGCUUGGAGACACGCCUGACGUGUUGACCAAGUUUCGGUCUUCCAAGUUCAUUUGCGCAUCUGGUGGCCCAGUCAGCCCAAUCAGCGCUGGCAAAGUGAACGAAGUCAUCAGAGUGCUGAAUCUAACUGGAACGACGGAGGGUCUGUUCAUCGGAAACCUCGUGGUGGAAAGGGAGGACUGGUUCUGGUUCGCCUUCCAUCCCUACUCCGGCUUUGAGUUCAAGGAAGUGGAGCCAGGUAUCUUUGAACAUUGGGUGCACCGCAACGAGCACGCGUCUUUGUUUCAAGGCAUCUUCCACACAUUUCCGGACAAGGAAUCUGUCAACUUCAAGGACCUCUACAAGCGACAUCCUACGAAGCCCAACCUUUGGGCUUUCACAGGCCGCAACGAUGACCUCAUCGUUCUUUCUAGUGGCUACAAGAUUCUGCCUCUGGAGUUUGAAGCGCUUGUCAGUACUCAUCCUGCGAUCGAUGGAUGCCUUGUCGUAGGCAGCAAUAAGCUCCAGGCAGGCCUUCUUAUCGAAUUGAAAGAUCCCGCGGCUAAGACCGACGAACUUAUGGAGAGUAUCUGGGCCAAGAUCGAGACAAGCAUGUCGUCAUCUCGUCAAACUGUCAAGCUGUCCCGCGACUAUGUCUUCUUUGCUCAGCCAGAUAAGCCAUUCACCCGUACAGAUAAAGGUACUGUCAAGCGCAGAGCUACCUUGAUGCUUUACGAUGACUAUAUCGAGCGAUUCUAUAGCGCUCGAAGCAAUGAGACUUCUUUCGUCGUUGACACCAGCUCUGCAUCGACAUUGCAGCAGUCGGUACAGGAAAUUCUCGCUUCAUCACUGCCAGCGAUCCAGACCGCCUCUCCAGACGACGAUUUAUUCGCACUUGGUCUCGAUUCACUAGGUGUAUCGGCAGCCGUCAAUGCUAUCAGAGCAGCGAUCAAAGGCCUAGACAAACUUGCACCUCGCCACCUCUACGCCAACCCCACCUUGGCCAAGUUUACCACUGCUCUUGAACCCUUGGUUGCUGGAGCAAAGAACGCUGGUAGUUCAAAGCUUACCCUCGACAAUAGAGAAGCGAGUUUACAGCGCAUGAUCGCGCAGCGACGAGCGUGGCAGUCUUUCCGAUUGAAUCCUUUCGACUACGUCAAUCCAAACCACUACAUGGGAUUGGUUUUCUACUUCCCUCUCCGAGAGGGCGUCACAUUCGAAGCUGCAUUCGCGAACAUGCAGGCAGGACUCAACCGAACCUUCGAGCUCAUACCAGCUCUCGGUGGCAAGAUGAUCAGAUGCUCAAAGGAUGAGAUUGGGUACACUAACGGCGAUCUCUGCGUUGCCAUACCCCCCUUUGGCCAACCAGCUCGCGACCGGCUGAUUUACAAGAACCUGUCUAAUGUGCUUCCGUCAUUUGGGACACUGCGUGAUGGUGGAUUCGUGCCAUCGGCCUUCAAGGAUGAGCUGGUCUUGCGACAAGACACUUUCCCACAGCUACCUGCGGACAUUUUAGUCGCACAAGCCAACUUCAUCAACGGCGGUUGCAUCCUCGCUGUCGAUAUCAGCCACUGCUGCCUAGAUGGCGUGGGAGCAAUCAUUGCGAUCAAAGCAUGGGCUGAGAAUUGCAAAUACCUACAAGGAGACACAUCGGCCACUUGCUCAUGGUAUGAUGCGGAGAGCUUCAAUCACAGCCUGCCUGAAGUCUUGCACGAACUUGAAGGAUACGCACGUCCGGUAGACGAGAUCGAUCCUGAUGUAUGGGGUCUUCUACCGUUCAUCCCAUCAGACGAUGUCGUUGCGAAGCAUUCUUCACGGCAACCAGGGCCUCUAGGCCGACCACCCCGCUACCCACUGCACCCUACAUGGCCACUGCCUGCUGUGGAGCGGAAAAUGGACACGACCCUAUUCCUGAUCCCACCCGAGAAAGUCGAAUUACUCAAGGUAGAUGUCGCGAACAACCCCGAAGCCAACGGAGCCAUCACAUCCAUCAGCGACAUAGUACAGGCCUUCUUCUGGCGUUCAGCCCUGCGAGCACGCUACGCCGUUGCUAAAGCCAGUGGCCGGGAGUUCAGCCUGGACGAAUACUCUAUUCUUGAGCUUCCAACAGACGGGCGUCCAUACUUCUCGUCUCUGCUACCAGCAACAUACAUGGGCAGUUUGCUCACCCUUAACCGGACGAGCAUGCCAAUAGACGAGCUCUGCGCCCCAACUACCAGUGUCGCCCGGGUAGCGCAGGUAGUGCGCGCUUCUGCUGCACGCAUGACACCAGCACUGAUACAUGACGCGUUCACUCUACUGCAGUCGCUGCCAGACCACAGCAGGUUCUCGACGGCGAACAUGGGUCUUGAUCACAUGCACGCCAUGAUCUCCAAUAUGAUUUUAUUUCAAAUGAGUGAAAUCAGCUUCGGCGAUGCUUACUUUGCCAAUGGGGGUUCGCCUGAGACGAUGCGACCACAGCUGGAGCGAGGGAACGGGCGGUUUCGGUUCUUGGUCGUAUUUCCGUUGAAGGCAGAUGGAGGUAUCGAGUUAGUACUGGGCACAUUCCCUGAAGAGCGGGAGAUGUUUGCGAGGGAUGAGGAGUUUGCUAAUCGGUCUGUGGAAAAUGGAAAAGAGUGA